AAUCUGUUGUAUGCCCCAGAUAUAGAGAAGGAUAUUGUGCCUUUCUCUUGGAGUUUCAUCAUAGAGGCUUCCAUUCUGGGCUCCUGUUCCUUUCCUUCCCUCCAUUCUAAUAUUCUAUUUUCUGCUGUGCUCUCUAGCGAUAUGUUGUCCUUUCCCAUUCAGGUGAAAAAACUUAGAUCAUGGUACCAGGGAGUAAAGGUAGAAGUGAACCGUGUUACCUGUUGGAUGGAGGCCUGGCAACAACUCUUCACGACAUGGGAUACCCCGUGGACGAGGAUCCUCUCUGGAGUGCUGCCUAUCUGCAGAAAAACCCUGAUGCCAUCAAGAGGGUUCAUCUUGCAUUCCUUGAUGCUGGGGCCCAAGUCAUCUCCACGGCUUCAUAUCAGGCAAAUAUUGAAGGAUUCAAGAAGCACCUGAAUGUGUCUCAGGAUGAGGCACGAUCUUUGAUCACUUCGGCCGUGAAGCUUGCUCAUGAUGCAGCUGACACGUUCUGUCGAGACGGCUGUCCAAAGGAACGCCCUCUCAUCGCUGGAUCUCUCGGUCCUUAUGGAGCGUCCUUACACGAUGGCUCUGAGUACCAUGGAUGCUAUGUGGAUGAAGUUUCAAAAUCUCAACUUAUGGAUUUCCAUGCUCCACACUUGGAUGCCUUGCUCCUAGAAUCUCCUGAUCUAAUUGCAUGGGAAACUAUUCCUGCUCUGAAAGAGGCCAUAGUUUUGGCAGAGCUCACUGCAGCUCAUGAUAAGAAGCCCAAAACGUGGAUAUCUUUCUCUUGUCGAAAUUCCACUGAAACUAAUCAUGGAGAACCAUUCCUGGAAUGUGUGAAAGCAAUGCAGGAUCUCCUCGGAGAUCAGCUGAUCGGGGUCGGAGUGAACUGCACCGCUCCGAGGCACGUGACCGGACUCUUGGAAAGUGCCUCCCAUGCUUUAAACCCCAAUGUGGCCUUUGUGGUCUACCCAAAUUCAGGUGAGACUUGGGCAGCUGGUGUGGGUUGGAGUGGACAGAAGGAGAUUCUGGAUGAAGGACACAUCAAGGAAUGGCAAGAUCUCGGAGCCACAUACAUCGGAGGCUGCUGUCGUGUCUCUCCAGACGACAUCAAGCAGAUGAAACGUAUUCUCGCUUCUCGUGUCCAGCAGUGAUCAUUUUAGAAGUUGUGUCAAAUUUUAUUCAAAGAAUGAGUAUAUUUGUUGUUUUCCCUCGGC